AUGCACAACGAAAAGCCAAACCGUCGAAAAAUAAAUCACCCGGUAGAGGACAGAUCGGGAUUUAAAAUAUACGAGUUCAAAACCUGCGGCAAGACUUUCCCCUCGUUUCAGGCUUUGGGCGGCCACCGGGCGAGCCAUAAGAAGCCCAAUCGAAAUAAUUCCCCGACGGUCGGAGAGGAAGGUGGAUCGAUUUUGUCCGCCGCCGCCGCCGCCGCCGCCGAUGUUUCUCCCCCGCAAUUGAUCGGUAAGGGUUCGAAUAUAGAGAGCAAAGUGAAAAUUCCUGAGUGCUCCAUCUGCGGAUCUGAAUUCGGGUCGGGGCAGGCGCUGGGCGGCCACAUGAGGAAGCACAGGGCCGCGAGCAACAACGAUAACGCUAACAAAAGCACCAAUGGCUGCGAGUCGUCUCUAAAUGAAGUUGGCAGGAGAGCAGGGAACGUGGCUGCAGUCGAUUUCGAUCUUCUCCAAAUUUUCUCAAACCCUAAAUUGAAGUUAAAGUGA